AUGCAUUUACCAAGGAGAAGGCGGCUACGGCGGAACCGAAUCUUCUUCUUGUUUGCCAUAGUGUUGGUCCUCUCUCUCUAUCAGCUCCAGUUCAGCCCCUCUGCCCUUCCAGCACCCCAACCCAUGGACCCUGUCAAAGCCACCUCCAGGGACCUCUCCAGCAACGAGACUGCCAUAACAGGCAAUGCCACAGCAGCACCCAAAAUAAAGCACUGUGUCUACGUGGAUCCGGAGCCAACCGUACCCAUCACCACGCCAGUGGAUAAACCACCCCAGCGAGAGAACGGCAGUGAAAGGUCCCCAGAUGAAACACCACCCUACGAGUCCAAAGGAGAAUAUCCCCAGGACCUGUUCAGUGUGGAAGAACGCAGGCAGGGGUGGGUUGUACUUCACAUCUUUGGCAUGAUAUAUGUAUUUGUGGCCUUGGCCAUAGUGUGUGAUGAGUAUUUUGUCCCUGCUUUGGGAGUGAUCACAGAGAAGUUGCAGAUCUCUGAAGAUGUGGCUGGAGCCACCUUCAUGGCAGCAGGUGGAUCAGCACCAGAACUCUUCACCUCCCUCAUAGGCGUCUUCAUCUCACACAGCAAUGUGGGCAUCGGUACCAUUGUGGGCUCAGCAGUGUUUAAUAUCCUCUUUGUCAUUGGCACCUGUGCCCUCUUCUCAAGGGAGAUACUCCACCUGACGUGGUGGCCCUUAUUUAGAGACAUCUCUUUCUACAUUGUAGACUUACUGAUGCUCAUCCUGUUUUUCCUAGACAGUGUCAUUGAUUGGUGGGAAAGCCUCCUUUUACUGACUGCCUAUGCCACAUAUGUACUCACCAUGAAACAGAAUGUGUACCUGGAACAAUGGGUGAAGCAGGAACUGAACAGGAAGCUGAACGCUGUGCAGGCAGCAUCAGCAGAGCACACAAGGAAGAAAAGCAGUGGGUCAGUUGCAGAGGAUGGAACAAAGAACCCAGCAGAUGGGAGGAAGCUGCAGCCCGCGCCAGCCUUGCAGCGAGGCAGCAGCUCAGCCUCCCUACACAACUCACAAAUGCGUGGCACCAUCUUCCAACUCAUGAUCCACACCCUGGACCCACUGGCAGAAGCAAAAUUUAAAGACAGAGUUGACAUCCUGAGCAACAUGGCCAAUGCCAAGGUGGAGGCUCUGGCUGGACAAGGAUCAAAACCAGAAGAUGAGUGCAAGAAGGCAGAAGAGGAAAAGAAGGCACCAAGUACCGUUCAGGUAACUCCUGCCAGUGACUCCGAACCCAGCAAAGACAAAGAGAAGGCAGAUGCACCUCAAGAUGGACAGCCCUCGUCGGACAGUGAUACCUCAGAAGACAGCAGCUCUGAGAGUGAGGAAGACAGCGAAGAGGACAGCACAGAUGAUGAUGAUGAAAAUGACAAGCCCUUAUCUCUUGAAUGGCCAGAAACCAGGAAAAAACAAGCCAUUUACCUUUUCCUCUUUCCCAUUGUCUUCCCUCUCUGGAGCACUAUACCUGAUGUUAGAAACCCAGACUCCAAAAAAUUCUUUGUCAUCACAUUUUUCGGAUCCAUCAUCUGGAUUGCUGCGUUCUCUUACCUCAUGGUGUGGUGGGCUCACCAGGUUGGUGAAACGAUUGGGAUAUCAGAGGAAAUCAUGGGGUUAACCAUACUGGCGGCAGGAACAUCAAUCCCUGACCUCAUCACCAGCGUCAUCGUGGCACGGAAGGGUUUAGGCGACAUGGCUGUCUCCAGCUCCGUGGGCAGCAAUAUCUUUGAUAUCACUGUUGGUUUGCCAGUUCCUUGGUUCCUUUAUUCCGUCUUCAACGGCCUCAGUCCAGUUGCAGUCAGUAGCAAUGGUUUGUUUUGUGCCAUUGUGCUCCUUUUUCUCAUGCUCCUCUUUGUCAUUAUCUCAAUCGCUGCAUGCAAAUGGAAAAUGAACAAAAUACUGGGGCUCACUAUGUUUGCUCUUUACUUUGUGUUUUUGAUCAUCAGUGUGAUGUUGGAAGACAAGAUCAUAUCCUGCCCGGUAUCUGUGUGA